AUGACUUGCACAAGCCUUCAACUAGUUGUUCCACAAAGAGUUGCAAGCGGAAUGACCAAAAUCACGCAAAAUUCCAUGUUUGAGUCAAAACCUGUUGAAGUGCGAAAUUUGGACUUUAAAUACAAGGUCUGUAAUGUUUCGGAACGAAAUGGAGUUAAUGAAAUGUUACGAGAUUUCGACCGAAACAUGUUUUUCUUUUUAAUGUAUAAAGUUAUCCCUGAAAAUAUUCAUAUUAAUUUUCCUAUGUCUUAUAUUAUCUAUAGGGCCACUUCACCUCCUUCAUUUGCUUUGGAGGUUUUUGUUCAAUGCGAAGGGGAGACCAGGUUUAGGCGCCUCUGCCAACCUUUUUUAUAUUCUCAUUCUUCAUCAAAUGUGCUAGAAGUCGAGGCUGUAGUAACAAAUCAUCUGGUUGUAAGAGGCAGCUACCGUAGCCUUACCUUGGUCAUCUAUGGCAAUACUGCAGAGGAUCUGGGACAGUUCAACAUAGAAUUUGAUUUGGAUAGCUGUUUAGCUAACCUUGUUUCUUUGCCUUCUGAAGGAAAGCUUGAGGAUCUCCCUCCUGUGUUGCGUUCAUCAAAGUUGGCAUUUGAGGAAUCUAUAUCCUCACUAACGUCACUCUCUUUACCAAUUGCUGAGGCGGAUAUUUCUGCUGAAAUAAGGCAGUUUGUCACAUUGGUUCUAAAGAUAUUUGAGUUGUCAGAUCUUGGGGAUGCUAGCGACAAAGUUGCUGAUAUUGUUGUAUCAGCAGUCUCUUCUUAUGUCAGUAGUGAUUUGCAUGGCACAAAUAUCACUUUGAAAAAAUACAAGCAGAUUUGCUCCACAAAUUGCAAAGAAAAAUCGCAACGUGUUCUUAUGGAGGCUAGAAGUGAGCUUCUUCAACUCUUUAAAUUACUUCAACAUGGUUCAGGGAACUUGACAGCUGAAAUUUUGGGGGAUGGCAUUAUUUUCGAAUCUGAGGGUGAUUUGGCUACUUCUGAUUUGUUAAGUGAGGUAUUAGAAAAAUAUUUUUGUGUGAAAAAGAGUUCUGCAGUUACUGCACUUCCACAGCUUUCUCAGAACAAGAAGAUGAUUGUAGUCUUGUCCAUUGUUCUUCUCUUGUGCCCUUGGAGGGAGAGUUGUUUUUACUUUGUGAAUGGUGGUGGAAUGGAGCAGCUUGUGCAUGUUUCCCGUCUUGAGAUACAAAAAUCAACAGCUGUCACAUUAUUGGUACUAGGAGUUGUUGAGCGAGCUACUCGACAUGCCAUUGGAUGUGAAGGAUUCUUGGGUUGGUGGCCUCGUGAAGACAUGAAUGUCCCAGCUGGCAAUAGUGAAGGUUAUAGCCAAAUAUUGAAAUUGUUACUGCAAAGGCAGCGCCAUGAUGUUGCUUCUCUUGCCACUUAUAUCCUGCAUCGCUUGCGCUCAUAUGAAGUUGCAUCUAGAUAUGAGUCUGCAGUACUAUCUGUCUUGGGCGGUUUAACUACUGCUGGUUGUGUUACAAAUGUUUUCUUCAGCAUGCUUAAUAGUGCCAGGUCUCAGCUUAAAAAGCUCAUGAAAUUGUUAAAUUCAUGUGGUCCAAUUGAAGAUCCUUCACCCAUGGCUUGUGCGAGGAGAUCAUUGAUUCUUGGUCAGACUGGACUGUUAACAUACAAAGCAACUAUUGACUUGAUUGCAUCAUCCAAAUGUUGCUUUUCCUAUUGGGAUGUUGACCCACAUUUGCUAUCACUUCUCAGGGAGAGGGGUUUUCUUCUGUUAUCAGCUGCAUUGUUAUCAUCUGCCAUUUUGCGUUCUGAAAAAGGACACGUCAUGGACAUAUUUGUGGACAUUGCAUCAUCAAUUGAAGCUAUACUUCUUUCUCUUCUUUUCUGUCGCUCAGGCUUAGUUUUCCUACUCCUUCAGCCUGAAGUUACUGCAACUGUAAUUCUGACACUUGUGGGUAUUGAAGAUAUGAAUAAGGAGGAUUGUAUCCCUCUUCGAUAUGCAUCAGUUUUGAUAUCCAAGGGUUUCUAUUGUCGCCCACAAGAAGUCGGAAUGAUUACUGAGACGCACCUAAGGGUGGUUAAUGCUAUAGAUCGUCUUCUAACGUCAACUCUUCACUCUGAAGAAUUUCUGCGGGUUCUGUGGGAACUAUGUACUCUUUCGAGGUCUGAUUGCGGACGUCAGGCUUUGUUGUCUCUGGGGCAUUUUCCAGAGGCAAUUUCAGUGUUAUUGGAAGCAUUACGUUCUGUCAAGGAAUUGGAGCCAGUGACUUUGACUAAUGGUGCUUCCCCACUUAAUCUUGCGAUCUUUCACUCAAUUGCGGAGCUUUUUGAAGUCAUUGUUACUGACUCAACUGCUUCUUCUCUGGGUUCUUGGAUCGAACAUGCUGUGGAGCUUCAUAAAGCUUUGCAUUCAUCUUCCCCUGGGUCCAAUAGAAAAGAUGCUCCUACAAGGUUGUUGGAAUGGAUAGAUGCUGGGGCUGUUUAUCAGAAAAAUGGUGCUAUUGGUCUUCUACGCUAUGCUGCUGUUUUAGCCUCUGGGGGAGAUGCUCACCUUACUUCAACAAGUGUUCUGGUAUCAGAUUCUAUGGAUGUUGAAAAUUUUGUUGGAGAUUCUGCCAGUGGUUUUGAUGUUCAAGUUGUAGAGAAUCUGCUUGGGAAACUUGUUGCUGACCGAUAUUUUGAUGGAGUUAGUCUUCGUGACUCUUCUGUAGCACAGCUGACAACAGCAUUUCGGAUUUUGGCAUUUAUUGCAGAAAAUUCGGCUGUUGCUGCUGCUCUUUAUGAAGAAGGUGCUGUGACACUUACAUAUGUCAUUUUGCUCAACUGUAAAUUCAUACUUGAGAGAUCUGCCAAUACUUAUGAUUACCUUGUAGAUGAAGGUGCAGAAUGCAAUUCUACAUCAGAUUUACUUUUGGAACGCAGUCGUGAGCAAAGCGUAGUUGAUCUUCUGAUUCCUUCUCUUGUUUUACUGGUUACACUUCUGCAAAAACUGCAGGAUACUAAGGAGCUGCAUCGGAAUACAAAGCUACUCAAUGCUCUUUUGCGAUUGCAUCGAGAAGUAAGUCCCAAGUUAGCUGCUUGUGCUGCUGAUUUAUCAUGUCCAUAUCCUGGUUCUGCUGUUGGUUUAGGAGCUGUCUGUCAUCUUAUUGUGUCAGCACUUGCCUGCUGGCCGGUAUAUGGUUGGACUCCUGGCCUAUUUCAUUGCCUCCUUGAUAGUGUUCAAGCCACUUCCUCUCUAGCUUUGGGCCCAAAGGAAGCCUGCAGCUUGCUAUGCAUUCUGAGUGAUCUAUUUCCAGAAGAAGCUAUCUGGAUUUGGAAGAAUGGAAUACCCUCAUUGAGUGCGAUUAGAACACUGGCAGUUGGGACAAUAUUAGGGCCUGAAAAGGAAAGACAAAUCGAUUGGUACUUACAGCCUGGGAACCUUGAAACACUACUUAACCGAUUGAUGCCACUGCUUGACAAAAUUGGCCAGAUUAUUCUACAUUUUUCCUUUACUACGUUGGUGGUCAUACAAGACAUGCUUCGAGUUUUUAUAAUCCGCAUUGCUUGCCAAAGGGCUGACAGUGCUCUUGUUCUUCUGAGACCCCUUAUUUUAUGGAUACAAGAUCAUAUUUCUGAAUCAUCUCCUGCGUCUGACAUGGACAUUUUCAAGGUCUACAGAUUACUUGAUUUUCUUGCUAGCUUACUUGAGCAUCCACAAGCCAAGACAUUGCUGUUAAAACUAGGUAUUGUUAGGAUAUUGAUAACGGCACUUGAGAGGAGCUUUGAUACAUUGGGUUCGGAUAAAAAGCUGUUCUCAGAAGGUAGAAUUACCACUAAAAGUGGAUCCACUCUGCAUAGUUGGUGCCUUCCGGUGUUCAAAUCCUUUGCACUGAUUCUUGAUUCUCGAGCAUUUCAAAGCCCCUCGGGAGCACAUGACAAGAUCAGCCUACAGAGAAUGAGCACUGAAGAGUGUUCCUUAAUUUUGCUCCAAGUGCUUAAGUUCUGUCAGGUUCUACCAGUUGGAAGAGAAUUAGUUGCAUGUUCAACAGUAUUUAAAGAGCUAGCUUCUUGCUGUGAGGGUAGAAGUGCUUUUAUUUCCACUUCUGCAGAGCUCCAAGCUUCUACUUUUGAGAAUCUUGAACCAAAGAGGAGACGUGAAGGCGAUGCAAAUGACACUGCCCUUUAUGAAUGUGAUUGGAUUAGGCAUGCACCUUUAUUUUAUUGCUGCAGAAACUUAUUGAGAUCAAUUGAUGACAGGAAUGGUCUGAUAACCUAUGCUAUUCAGGCUGCAAGGUCAUUGUUUUCAGGUUCUCUAUUUCUAUGCGUGGAAGGCAAAAAUGUUGAAGAAAUUCUAGCAAUUCCCAUUGUCAAGGAAGAGCUAGUCAUUGACGUUCCCAUCAACGAGACUCAUGUGGAAGAAUUUGAAAGCAGCAAGGUUGCAACACUGGUGGACAACGAGAUCGAACCCAAGGAGAUUAGUGUUACAACAGCUAUGGUGAUUAUGGACAGCCAAGUGGAAGAUCCUAAAGGGUUCGAGAUUGAAGUAAUGGUUGAUGAAACCAUUGAGGAGAUUGUGAAUGACAGGGACAAAGGACUUGAAGAGCCUAUGAUUGAAGAAGAGCAAGUAGAGGUCGUGCUAGAAGACGACCUCAUGGAUACAUCUGAAGACCUUGAGGUUAAGCAUGUGGGACCCCCAGAAUUUCCCCAUCAAAAUGAACUUGUUCAAACUUCAAGGGUGAAUCUGGUCGGUUACCCAAAAGAAAUUAAUGAACCUGUUCAAACUUCAAGGGUUGUAGAAGCUAGAGACGAAGAAGACGAAGGAGCCGAACAAUCCACUGGAGAGUAG